AAAAAACUCGUUGACUUCGAAUGGAGAACGAUACUUUUCCCGAUCAAACCGCAAGCACUUAUGUAGCAAUUGGCCUGUAUUGCGUUCUUGGUGUGGCUUUAAUAGCAGCAAAUUUUAUGGUACUCUUCCUCGUUUACAAAAACCACAGCUUAAGGACGCCAACUAACACAUUGUUGGUUAGCUUAGCAGUUAGUGAUCUUUCGACGGGCCUUCUUGCUAUCCCUUUCACAACUGCAUGUUCAUUGACUAUUGAAAAGUCCACUUGUAUUACCAUGGAUGUUUUUGUGAGGUUCUUGGCGUUUUCCUCUGUGGCGCAUUUAACUGUAUUGACUUUUGAGCGAUAUCUGCGAAUAACCAAGCCCUUUUUAUACAGAGCACGUGUGACUAAAGCAACUACUCAUCGUGUGAUCUUUGGGAUGUGGGCUUUCUCUCUCGCUAGUUCUUUAUCACAACUUAUUUGGAUUAGCAAUGAAGACCUCAGUGAACAARAUCAGCUUAAAAUCGACAUCAUCUACGACUGCGUCUCGUUUGCGAUCAUUGUURUCSUCCCUUUGAUCGUAAUUUCAGCCAUUUAUAUCGCUAUCUUCAAGUACAUCAGGAAACAAAACAUCAGAAGAUCCGMAGCAACGAGACGAACGAGCCACAAAAGGGCUAAAACAGGGGAGAAGAAACUCUUGCUCGUCUUCCUGGCAAUGAUUGUGGUCUUUAUUCUUGGUUCCUGUAUGUACUUUUACUGGACAUUGAUGAUGGAUCUCUAUGAGUAUCACAACAUUCGCUUCACGCCACUUUCUCGUGAUAUCUUUGUUAUUUCCACCAUGUUCUUUCGAUUCUUUUCCUCGUUAUGUAACCCGCUGCUAUUGACUUACUUCAAACAMGAUUUCUUAACAGCCAUGAAGGUAGUUAUGAACAGAAAAUGAAUCUUAACUCGAUGGUUYAAUCAAAAUCAAUCUCAAAAAAUUACUAAUUGGCAUAACUUUCACGUCAGUCUAGGAUCAUAGUAAUUGUUUGGGGCGCACUUCAUCUUUUUACGAACUGCUAAGUGGACUUGACAUCCAUACAAGRUUCCAAUUUUUUCCAUUCAAAAGAUUUGAUAUGUAGUACAUAAAUUAAAAUAAGUAAAUAAAGUAAAUUUGACUGUAUUUUUAAGGGAUAUUAAACCAAUUAAUGGGCUUACUUACAUGUAAUAAGAGCCCUUAAAGAAACUGAAUAACUUUGGCAGCCGUCGAAAGCAAUAWCGAUGAGGGUGGGGCCGUUUAAAAGACAAAAAAUAGGYUGUGCGUUCUUUCGACUUGCAGAAUAUGUUUCAYURYUUUGGAAUUCAAGUCCUUUCGGUACAGUAUCCCGUCCUCUCCCUCCCUCCMUCGUAACRAAGUGACUGCUCAUGAAUCAAUCGAUACUCACUCGUUUAUAGUUCUCCGACAAUCCCUUCCUAGUCAACAUGCUGACAAGACCUGACACAUCGUUAUUAUUAUGUCGUUCGUAA